AUGGAGUCGAAAUCGGCAUCGAUUCGGGCUGAACCCGAAGUUGGCCACGCUUUGAGCAAGCAGUAUACCGAGGAAGGACCUGUGAAAGCGACCAAAGAUGCAGAUGCAGCUCUAUCUUUCACCUUGGGGGAGACCGUCACGUACGACGAGGCCACCAGUAACCGCAUUCGCCACACGAUCGACAAGCAUCUCAUUCCCUGGAUGUUCUUCACGUUCAUGAUUCAGUACUUCGACAAGACGCUCUUGAGCUAUGCCUCGGUGAUGGGUCUCAUCGUUGACGCAAACUUGACGACGUCGGAAUAUGCCUGGUGUGGGUCGAUAUUCUAUUUUGGGUAUCUGGCGUUCGUCGGGCCUCACAACCGCCUGAUGCAGAGGCUGCCUAUCGCACGAUACCUGUCAAGCGUCAUUAUCGUAUGGGGUGCCGUCCUGUGUAUCAAUGCCGCAUGCACUAGUUUUGCCAGUCUGAUGGUUGCCCGCUUCAUUCUCGGCGCUCUCGAGGGUGCAGUCACAGCGGGCUUUGUGCUCAUCACAGCAAGAUGGUAUCAACGUGAUGAACAAGCAAUACGCACAGCAUUCUGGUACGUCGGAAACGCUGCGGCGCAGAUACUAGGAGCGGCGUUUGCGUAUGGCGUUGCGAUAGGGUUUGAUAACCCCAAGAUUACCUUCGCAGGCUGGAAAGCUCUGUUCAUCCUCUCAGGUGGAAUUACCUGCAUCUUUGGAGUUUCGAUGCUGCUGUACUUCCCGGAAUCUCCGAUCACUGCGAAAUGGCUCAGCGACCACGACCGUCGAGUCGCAAUCGAGCGACUUCGAGUUAAUCAACAAGGUAUUGGGAGCAAAGUCUUCAAGUGGCCUCAAUUCCGCGAGGCCUUCACUGACGUACGGACAUGGCUAUGCUGCCUGUUUUGUAUUUUCUGGCUGAUCCCGUCCGGAGGUCUCACCGUAUUUUUCGGCUUGCUUCUCAAAAGCUAUGGCUUCGACUCGAAAACCACGCUCCUCGUAAGCAUGCCGAGCGGAAUCACGCAGAUCGUGACAAAUCUCUUCUUUCCAUAUCUCGCUCGCAGGAUCAAUAAUCGCAUGUUGGCCGCGAGUCUGGCUGUUCUGCUCAGUAUCUUCUCCAUCGCCCUGAUGACCGGUCUGGCCACCCAUGGUCCAACGGCUCACCGCAUCGGCCAGCUGGUGGCAUAUUAUAUCAUCCUAGGAAACUCUCCCUCCCCGCUGAUCCUCAUUCUCAGUCUUGUCAGCACGAACGUCGCAGGCUAUACGAAGAAGACGACCGUGAAUAGCUUGGUCCUCAUAUCGUACUGUGGUGGAUUUCUGAUCGGACCGCAAACAUUUCGGGAUCCUCCCUACUACACAAAAGCCAAGUACACCAUCCUCGGCGUCUAUGUGGCCUCCUUGCUGUGUCUUUUGGGCCUGUGGUGGAUCAACUGGCGUGAGAACAAGCGCCGAGACAAGGUUGCCGUUGACCUCCCCCCUCAACCCGCCGGACAGGAGUUUCAGGACCUGACAGACAAGGAAAACAAAUACUUCCGCUAUGCAAUCUGA